AUGGCGGAUACCUCGGUCUAUGAGAGCGCGCGCAUGACGCAUGAAGAGAUCGAGCAGUACGAAGAUGCUCUGGUAGACACGCUCAACAAUCCGCCGAAGUCUUCCUCGCACCGCUUGCAUAUGCAGUGGCAACUGGCGACGUCGUCGUUACUUGACCAGAUCGUAAGUCGGUACCAAUCGUUGAGCGAUAUGUACCAAGAUGUCAACGGUGAUCGCGCGCAUGAAUGGGACGUCUUGGCUCGUAAGGAUGAUACGGACCCGGAGAACGGCCCUUUUGCCGAGUUUUACGAACGCCUUGAGCAUUUGCAGGCGUAUUUCCGCAAGUACCCUGAACGUGCGAUUUCGCUGGAAACCAGCGCAACGCCCUCGAUUUUGGGCACCUACGAUGCAUCACUCUUUGAUAUGACGUCGAUGGAGCGCGACUUUAGUGGUGAAGAAAUGGGCGGUCGUUUCCUGGACUUGUACGUGCAGUACGAGAUGUAUAUCAAUUUGAAGGGCGUCACGCGCCUUAGCUACUUGGACUAUGUGGGUCAGCUAGACAACAUGGUAGGCGAGGCAUCAAAUGUGCCGGCAGCCACACGACGAACAGAGACGUACCGCAAGUACCUCGCAAGCCUGUGUCAAUACUUAUCGACGUUCCUUCACAAGACACGUCCGCUGGAGGACAUGGAUAUCGUGGAAAGUCAAGUGCUCGAGCAGUUUGAGGUACAGUGGGAUCAAGGCGCUGUUCCCGGCUGGGAAUCGAAAGAAGCCGUGCUCUUUGGCACGACAAGCGACGCGGCUGAAGGGCAGGGAAUUUGGUGCGACGCAUGCCAGCGCUUCUAUGCAAAGCAGACAGUGUACGAUGCGCAUCUGACAUCGAACAAACAUGUAAAAGCUGCUGAUCGCAUGCAGAAGGGCGAGACGGUGGCUAAGCCCAAGCCACGAGAGCAAGAUACCGAGCUGGAAAAGACGAAACGCGCUAUGAAGGCCAAACUGAUAGCACGAGAUGAGGUGCUAGUACAGGCACUAGCCAAAGAGCUGAGCUCUGUGCGCGACGAUACGCGCUCGAACGUAGAGCGCAAGGCAGCCCUAACAGAUCGUGAGCGUGAAGAAGAAGCAGAGGCACUGGAUGCCGAGAUGGAAGAGGCGAUGGAGACGGGCGGUCUUGGCUACGAAGAGGAGGGUGAGGAUGGCGCAGGUGGUGGUGGUGCAAGCGAAAAGAUCUACAACCCACUCAAGCUGCCGAUGGGCUGGGACGGUAAGCCUAUUCCCUUCUGGAUGUACAAACUGCAUGGUUUGCGGGUGGAGUACAAGUGUGAGAUCUGCUCGGACCACGUGUACAAAGGCCGCAAAGUCUUUGAGAAGCAUUUCCAGGAAUCACGCCAUGCAUUUGGUAUGCGCGCGCUGGGCCUGCCGAACUCCAUUCAGUUCCGAGGUGUGACACGUAUUCAGGACGCAUUUGCCCUCGCAGAGAAGCUGAAGCAGCAAAAGCGGGUGGAGACCGUGGAUGAGGAUGAUACGAUCGAGGUGGAAGACGAGCAAGGCAACACCUACGACCUGCUCAAACGCCAGGGUCUCUUGUAG